GUAUUUCAAGCCUGGUUUAUAAGAGACGAGCAGAUCGGAUACGGUCUUGAUCUGAAAACAACGAAUUGAUGCCUGCGAUAUGUGAUGGCUAAGAUUGUCGGCAGCCACAUGAUGAUGAGCUGCGGUGGAGCGGGCUGGAGCGCGCCGAUCGAAGACAUGGUCAUGUUUGGCCAGUACUUGACCAUGUACACAUCUAUUUCUUCAAACCCACUGCAACCAUGCCGACCACUUGACACGACCAAAUAGCACUAUUCAUCCACAAUCAGCGUACUGCUUGUCGCAUAUAAUCUCCUUCACUGCUUAGAAACAUCCUAACCCCUUUCCACUCGGCACGUGGACUUUCUCUACAACAUGGCCAGCGCCGUCAGCAAGAGACAGCAGGCUCGCAAUGAGCGCAUGUUGCAGGAUCUUUUGAAGUCUGUACCUGGGAACGACAGAUGCGCCGAUUGCGCUGCGAGGAAUCCAGCAUGGUCCAGUUGGAGUCUGGGCAUUUUCCUGUGCAUGAGUUGCGCCGCUCUGCACCGCAAGAUGGGCACUCACAUCUCCAAAGUCAAAUCGCUGAGCAUGGAUAGCUGGACUCCUGACCAGGUCGACAACAUGAAGCGUGUAGGAAACGUCACGUCAAAUCGCACAUUCAACCCCCAGAACAUCAGACCCGACAUUCCAACCGACGCAGACGAAGUUGGAGGUGUCAUGGAGCGUUUCAUCCGCCAAAAGUACGAGCACAAGGCCUUUGUUGGUUCGAGGCCCAGGAGUCAUACGGUUGGUGGAGCCAGUGUCAGCUCCAACGAAGGAGUACCACCGCCUCUGCCGCCAAAGCCUGGAAAGAAGUUUGGUUUCUCGCUGGGAGUUCGUUCCUCAUCGGCCACUCAGCAAAGGUUCACACCUCCCCUGUCACCCGCUUUGACAGGAUCAGAUGGACGUUCCACACCGCCUAUCGGAAAGAUGAACAAGCCGUCGCGCGUCUUUGGCUCGACGGUAGGAAACCAAGAGGAGGACACAUUCGAUACCAAGCUGGCAUCGCUGCGAGAGAUGGGUUUCCCAGACACACGCCGCAACUCGAUGGUUCUGAAGAGCGUCAAUGGUAGUCUGGACAAGGCAGUCGAGACGCUUGUGCGCUUGGGUGAUGCGACCUCAGGGGCACAGGGUACCCUAACCCCCAUGUCAGGCAGCACCAGCAGUUCCAACGCCAAUGGCAUUUACAUCGAGAAACAAAGAGCACAAGAGAAACCAGCUUCCUCGACGAACCCCUUUGAUGCUUUGGACUUGCAACCUCCCCGCCGUGCCUUUACCCAGCCCGCACUUUCGACUGUGGCGCCGCAACCUUCAUACAACCCGUUCCUUCAACCUCAAACUCAGCCUCAGGCACAGCAGUCCCUACAGAACUCUUUCUCGGCCAUGCAGAUUACCAACCAGCAGCCUCAGCAAUACCAGAACAACCCAUUCAUGCCCCAGCAGAUGCAACAGCCCGUACAAGCUCCUACUUAUCCUCCUCAGGACGCCCAGCAAUACCAACAAUCGCAACCACAGUCCAACCCUUUUUUGAGAAAAACUCAAUCCCAAACAUUUGCGCCUUCAAAUCCAUUUGGCAUACAACUAUCAGCAGCUCCUCAAAACCCAUGGCUUGCACAGCCUCCGGUUCAGAUACAACAAGCACAAUCGCCUGGUGCAUUCUACCAACCCCAGCAGGACUUCUUUGCUACUCAACCGCAACAACAACAACAGCAGCAGCAGCAGCAACAACAACCUCAAUACCAGCAGCAGCAACAGCAAAACCCUUAUCAUCAACAACAACAACAACCGCAGCAAUUGGCUCCCCAACAAACCUCGAACCCCUACGCAAACAUGUCUUCUCCUCAACCCUCUUCCAACCCCUUCCAGAUACCCCAGUCCAGUCAACCAGAGCCGUACCAAUCUUAUCAAUCCGCGCACCAACAGCAGCAGCAGCAAAUGGCACAACAACAAAUGCCUCAGCAACAACAGCAACAGCUGUAUCCUCAGCCCACUGGACGCUUUGGUAAAAUGGACAUCAUGGCACUGUACAACCAUCCCCAGCUUGCACCUUCAAGGCCCCUACAAUCACUACCUGAAAACGGUAUGGCUCCCAACAUGAUGCCAGACCAACAUCAACAGCAGAUGCAAGCUCAGCAGAUGCAAGUACCACAGAGAAGUGUCACUAUGCCUGUUGGAAGUGGCAGCAUGAACCCUUUCGGCUCUGCACCUCCCCCGCAGCAGCAAGAACAGGCUAGAGCGGGCGCCAGACAUGUCAGCCAGGAGAGCAGAGAUUUUGUUGGCAUGGGUAAUGGAAGACCGCAUUCCCCCGACGCAUUUGCUAGUUUGAGCGCGAGGUAUGCUCGUUGAGCUGAUUCUUUGGAUACCCGAUUUCUUUGGUUCUCGUUGGGCACGUCGUACGUUCUUCUAUUCAUCGGCGGAGUCUUUGUUUCAGCGAACGUCGUUUUUCUCCUAAGGCCGUCUUUUCCUUUUUGGUCGGUUUGUUCUUUGAAAAAGCCGACUUCUUUUCUUUGGUUCUUCCCAUGGCCCAAAAACUUCUGUACAUAUAUUUCUCCUUUUUUUCCUUCUUUUGCAUUCGAGAAAAAAUGAAGCCUUCUUUCUUCUUUUUGUUGGUAGAGAUUUGUCUACUGCGAUUAUUGAAUUCUCGUCUCACCUGCUUGAUCGCUCCUGCCCCUUCGUGCAUCUUGAUCUCUUCAAUUGGCAUCUGCUCUCGGUCGCUCUUCCCGAUGGCUUCAGCUCUACAUACGCGUCUUUUCUUUUUACUCGUUCCUUCUCCGAAUUCGUUCCUUCUUAGUGUUGGUCCCUUAUGCU